AUGAGGCUGCCCGCUGGCGCAGCCCUCGCGCUCCUGGACUUCAUCGUGCUGGCAGCCGCUACACGGCCAGCACAGCCAAGCCAGAAUGACAAGCCGGGCCAGCUGUUGCCAGAGCUCGGAAAGGAGAGCAGCGACGGCCCAAAGGUGCUUCCGAAGGCUUGCGGACAGGAUGGCGUUAUCAGGCUGCAGGAGGCUGCGACAUACCGCACAGAUGAUGCGAACCACAGCAUUGAUCCCAGCUGCCACACGCUCCAGGGAGCGCCCAACGCAAAUAUUCUGCUGUCUACCGGCAUCACAUUCACGAAUGCCGGCGCUAAGAUUUAUGGCCCGCUGGCAGUGAGCAUGGCUCCUGACAUCAAGGAGCUCAGCGCAGCUGCGAUUGGAAGCACCGGAAAUCUUCGUGUCAUUGCGCCUGAGGGAAGCGUGCUAAGCUUCAAAGGCAUCACUGCCAGCGGCGUUGCUGCAGGGCUGAACGCAGAUGGGAACAUCACUCUUGAGGGCCAGGGCAGCAUACUCUUGCUGGACUUGUUCAGUGAUCGGGCCGCUGCAGUACGCAGCUUGAAUGCUGAGGUUGUCAGCACUGUUCAAAACCUCCACGUCCGCAACUGCUCAUCGAGGUUUGGUGCAGUUUACGGAGGAAGAGGCGUUCGCUUCGACAGCAGUGGCAAGGUUGUCUUUGAGGAUUGCGUGGCGUUUCGUCGAGGAGGUGCCGUGUGCACACGCGGAGAGUUGAGCAUCUCCGGCCAGGCCGCCUAUGUCUUCCGUAACUGCGCAGCUGCUGAGGGUGAUGGUGCCUUGAGUGCCAUGGGUCUCGAUCAUGAUGUGUCGUUGGAGCUUGGUCCUGGAGGCUCUGUUCUCUUCGAUGGUUGUCAAGCACGUGCUGGUCCGGGAGGAGCAAUAGGGAGCUAUCGCAACAUUAACAUCAAUGCCGGGAGCGUGGCGUUUGCAAAGUGCUCUGCCUGGAGGGGCCAUGGAAACAUCAUGGCUGCUGACCGAGGCACUGUGCACAUCUUGGAAGGAACGCAGGUGACACUGUCCGGGAUGGACAAAUAUGACACUGGCGCUGCCAUCAUUGCCCACGAAGUCAUGAUUCCUGCUGGGGGCGACUUGCUUGCAGAGGACAUCCUUGCAAGAAACAAGCUCGUGACCAAAUUUGCCGAUCAAGGCCGUGAGACGUGCCCUGCAGGAUCAAUGUUCGCCAAACGCAUCGGAGGGAUUCCAGACUGGGACAGAUGCAGGCUCUGCGAUCCAGGAUCCUCUUCUCUGGCUAUUUCGCAGGUGUCACCCAGAAAUGUGGUUAAAUCUCCUGAAGAGAACAUGCGCCUUGUGCUGGUGAGGCAGACAUCUCCAAACGCCAUUCCUUGUUUGCCACCUUUGAUGGCAAAUGCAACUUUGGAUCGAGACCGAUGUAUUGAGUACUGGCAGGGCCUCAGCCCUCAAAAGGCAGAGUGGGACUCUUUGUACGAAGGGCAUUAUGUUAGACUGGGAUCACGCAGCGUCGGAAACUUGACUUGGAAAGACGGCAUUGUCAAAACAUCGGACGGUGCAGUCCUCGAGGUGCCCUUGGGCGUGUUUGUUCCGAGCCGGCCAUUGAUUUUCAUAAAGAGGAAUGACGAAGAUGAAUACAGCGCAAGCCAGCGGUUCUCCAUGACACCUUACGGCGUGAGUCCGGUCCAGGCCCCAAACCUGGUCCUGGGCCUGCAGCACGAUGUGACCUACGAUUUUCAGCCUCCCAACCCCGCCGAUGCAUGCCUGGCCUGCCACAGACUGGCCCCCGAGGCAGCCAUGCAGCUUCAGUGUCCAGGUGGAGCACAUGUUAGCUCCUUGCCGGGGUACAUGGUCCUUCACGAAGUCGGUCAGAGGAAAGUGGUCGUCCACCAUUGCCCAAACCCAGCCGCCUGCCCGGGCAGCAACUUAAGCCUGACUGCAGCAGGCAUUGCGGCCAACAAAACCCAGCUCUGCGCAACAGGGUAUGUAAGGAGCCCAGGCUGCGUGCGCUGCAGCGCUGGCUACGGUCGCAACAACCAGGACCCGUUUACUUGCAGCCCUUGUGGCACAGCCUCCACGACCUUGCAAGUGGCGAUGGUGGCGCUCCCCAGUGGUGCCUUCUACGCCGUCGCGCUGAUCUUGGCCAGGCCUCGGACGGAGACGCAGCAGAUCUUCAAGAUCUUCCUCGCCUUCAUCACGGUGUCCUGCCGUAGCCUCUCCGCCGUACCUCACACGCCGCACUACGAGAAGCUCAAGACUGAUCUCCACAAUGCCGCAAAGUCGCUGUAUUACUUCCUCACCGCAUUGGAUUUCGUCAUCGAGACGGAACCAAACAACGGCAACUACUCUCUGGACUGCUGGGGCAUCUUUGAUGGGUCAGUUGAUGCCAAGUGGAGCUUGUUGGUGGCAUGGGUCAUUCCCACAGCUUGGUUGCUGUUGGGUCUCGGCUGGCGUGGCUCCAACCAAUGGCUCAAGUCCCUGGUCGUUUGGGGAAAUGUUUUCAUCCCUCCUCUCGUCGGGGCGACAAUGAAACUGAGCCCCUGCUUCUCCACACAGGAGAGCCACCGCAUUUUGAUGUACGAGGCUCCAUUGGGCACGAUCUGCGCUUCCUCUCUGGCAGGGAUGGCCAAGGAGCCUCGUUUCUGGCUGUUCAUUGGCACUGGCAGCCUUCUCCUCUUGUUGGGGCCCUUCUUGUGGCUUUCCGUAGUCACAUCACGGGGCAAGGGCACCAAACAACCGGAAGGAGAGUCGGACACCGAGGCAUUCUUGGUCGCUGGUUACAGGCCAGAAGUUCGGUGGUGGGAGGUGACAGUUCUUGCCAGGAAGGCGGCCAUCCUCAUCAUCGCCACCUUAUUUCCAAUGUCAUGGGCGCCGGCAGCGCAUCUCGUAUACCUGCUAGUCAUUACCAUCCUGGCAGAACUGGUCCACGUGCAAGUCCAGCCUUACGCGAGUGCCGACCUCAACAGGCUCGAGGCGAUGGCCUUGGGCAUAUCUGCCAUCUGCCUGGCGCUGGUCCUGUCGCUGGCAACUGAGUGGCCCUUCAUGCCGUACGAAGUCUACGUCACCAAUGCUGCCCUCCUCUUCAUCCUCAUGAUCGGGUCCUACAUCGGCUUCUUUCGCCUCUACCUCCAUGCGCGGGCCAAUGACAGGCAGGAACAAGGAGAGAGCAGUGCGGUGCGCCAGGACUGUGCAAGGUGA